AUGUCCGCCUGUUGGUGUGAUUCUUCUCUGAGGAGCGAACAACCCCAACACCCGUUCUCUGAAGAAUCUUCCAGUGCCUUUGUACAUCUUGAUAUUGGCACCUAUCAAGCCUCUUUGGGCUUUGCAGUGGUGGGAGGCAAGGGAUGCCGUAGCUGCCCUGCAUGCUCGCAAGGCCUUUUGCGCGAGCUUGGCUGCAGGCAUCCACGGCAAUGCCCAGUUUCUGUGGACAUGUCUGGCACAACAGCUUUCCCAGGCAUCUUUGACUUCAGCCCCUUGCUUGUGGGCCGCAAUCCGGAUGCAAGAAAGGGGCACAAGACUCAGAGUUGGACAAUCUGCAGCAUUUUGUGA